AUGGGCAGCACGGAUGUCUUUCAUGAUGCCUCUCCCCAUUUCGACCAGUUCAUCAACCCGUACCAAUCGACAAUUGUCGCAAUGUUUUUUGGGCAUACCCACAUGGAUCAAUUCGAGAUCAGCUGGUCAGACUACCAGGCGCAGACAACUGAAAAUGGGGCAUCGGUCUCCUAUAUCGCACCGUCGGUGUCGCCGCUGUCCGGUAUUCCAGCAUUCCGGAUCUACACGGUACACCCGAUCACAUUCGGCGUGCUGGAUAUUGAAAUAUACAGUGCUGAUAUCGAUGCGGAGGACUUUCACCUCCGGCCGCUGUGGCGCAGGACCGCGUCCAUCCGAGAGGAGUACGGAGGCGUUAACGUCACACGGGUCUUGGAAACAAACUAUACGGCGUUUGACUCCUACUGGCCGAAGAAUUUGGCGCCUUUCACCUUUUCCUUCAAGGAGCGAACACUGGCGUUGACUUUGGACUCGCUCGAGGACGCAAUUUGA